AUGUUGUUUGUGGCCUUUGUUCAGCGAGUAGCUUCCUCACGCUAUCCGCUACUCCAAUGGGACCCUGAAACGGUCGAGGACUGCAUCGAGUGGUACGACAACGGCCAAGGCAAGACUUGCGAUUGGGUGCGCGAGCUGUACGGCUACACUGCAGCAGAAUUUAGCGAAUGGAACCCUUCAGUCGGCCUUGAUUGCAAACCCUGGGGGGAUUGGCAAUCCUACUGUGUUAUCACGCAAAGGAAGUAUGACAGCAUCCAUCCAACGACGACCUCCUCCAAGGUGAUCACCACCACCAGCACAAGCCAAGCUCCUUCUCUUGGGCCUUCCCCUACCUCCUGGGAAGCCUUGGGAUGCUACGCUCAGAACCCGAAUCGCCCAAUCCUCGAGAAGAACAUGAACCUCAACGGAGAUACGUCUCUAAGCGUUCCCAAGUGCAAGAACAGCUGCUACCGCCGCGCCUAUCCUUUUGCAGGAGUGCAGGAAGGGAAUCAGUGUUGGUGCAGCAGCAACGUGGCUGGUGAGUGGACCAAGAACCAGACUGACUGCAAUAUACCCUGCACUGGUAACAAAGCGGAGUUUUGUGGAGGCAAAGGCGUCAUCAACGUUUUCAGAGCAUUGCAGAACGCUGUGCCAGUCAUAACGACCAGUGUAACUAGCGCCACUGUGAUCAGCAUCAGUGUAACCAGCACCAGUGUCAAGGCAGCUGCCGCAAGCAAUAGCGCUAUCAGGAAUAGGGCCAUUAUUGGGAUACUUUAUAGGGCUUGUUGUCUGUGA